AUGACGGGCGCUCCGCCGUACAACGCUCAGUCUCCGACGCAGCAGCAGCCGCAGCAGCAGCCGCAGCGUUACCCGUACACCUCGCCCAGCAAGAACUCGUAUUACCCCAAUGAGCAACCCCAGCAGUAUCAUCAACAUCCACCCCAGACUCCCCCAGCGUUUCCUCCCGUUGCGCGAAGCCCGCACUUCUCACACGCGUCUCCGAUGCCGGGGGGUCUGCCGCCGCCCUUGAAUGGCGCGCCACACCAAUCCCACCCAGACCAGUCGCAAUACCCAGGACACGCGGCCGGCUCGCAGUUGCCACCCCUGACGCGACCUUACUCCGGCUCAGUGAUGUCGAGCAAUGGGGCUCCGCCUUAUGCAACUCCGCACGGUCACCCACCCAGUCACCCGGAGGGCCAUGCGCAAUCUCCCACUCGGGAAUCCCAAUCCCCAUACCGUAUUCGGAGCAACGGGCCUGGAUAUGGACCGGCGAUGAUGCGUGAUCAGAGGCCCGCUUCGCCCCAGGAAACGAAGCCUGCCCGAGCAGCUGACCCCAUGUCUUUCGCAAGCAUUCUCUCGGGCCCAUCGGACGAUCAGCCUACGAGGAAGCCCUCUCCCGCGCCUAUCGCAUACUCCGCCCACACACCGCACGCUGCUCCUUCGUUUGAACACCGACAUGUGAAUCACGGACCUGUACCAGGUGCGCUUUACCCUAAGGUCGAGCACCGAUUCGGACCCGAACGACGCAUGGAGAGCCCUCGAGGCCCGCUUGCCACCAACGGGUUCGCCAAACCGGAGAUGGGACACCAUGCACCUAUCCCUCGUCCGCCCAUGCGAAAGCCUUUGCCGCCUGGCGUUGACAUCGAUCAGGUCAAUCGUGCUGCAGCUGAGAUUGAUGCGGCUGACAAGAGUGAUGUCGAGGACCCUGCAUUCGACGCCGAGCUCGAAAGGUACAAACAAAAGAGUCACAAACGAUCAAUGGAAAGCAACAGAGCCGAAAGACUUCGACGCAAGCGCCGCCGCAACGAGUUCCUAGUUGACCUAGGCCGAGCCUUCGAGAAACAAGUUAUCAUGGGCACCGAUCGAUUCCGAGCACUCAACGAAGGGGCCGUUGUCGCCGAAGUACAGCAGAAGGAGGUGCAGGACGAAAAGGAGCGCAAGAAGGAUAUGCAACGCAAGCGCCGUCGCGAGAACACCGUGCGCCAGGAAAUGCAGAAGAAGGCGGAGGCCGAACGCAAGGCCAGCAAGGCACAGGAGCCCGGCGAGAGACUCAAAUUCUUGCGUGAAGCCGAGCGAGCCCAGAAGAAGAUCCGGACCACCAAGCGCGCCCUGGAAGGCGGCGAUGGCCACGAUGAGCUUGGUGAGGUCACGCCACUCGCUCCCAACCUGGAAGGCGGCACAACGAGCUCGUUCGCCAUCGGCAGCGAUGCUGCACGACGCAGGUCCGGCCGCGCCGCCGGCCCUGUCACCCGCCCCAAGAAGUCGAAGGAGCAGAAGCAGGCCGAAAAGGAUCUUGCAGAGGCCGCCUGGAACGCCGGGCUCGACGAUGAUCUGUAUCUCACCCCAAGCACUCGCAGAGAUGCCUAUCACUCCAAGGAGGGUACCCCCAUGUCACAGCUACACUACGACAGCAAGGGUUACAACCAGAUCUACGAGCAGAUCUGGCGCGACAUCGCGCGCAAGGAUAUUCCCAAGGUCUACCGCAUCAAAACCACAUCGCUCUCCACUCGCCAGGAGAACUUGCGCAAGACGGCCCAGCUGGCUAGUAAGCAGUCUCGCAAGUGGCAGGAGCGCACCAAUAAGAGCACCAAAGACACCCAGGCCCGUGCCAAGCGUGCGAUGCGUGAGAUGAUGACCUUCUGGAAGCGGAACGAGCGUGAGGAGCGUGAUUUGCGCCGAGUCGCAGAAAAGCAAGAGCUUGAAUCCGCCAAGAAGGCAGAGGCCGACCGUGAAGCCAACCGACAGAAGCGCAAGCUCAACUUCCUGAUCUCGCAGACCGAGUUGUACUCUCACUUCAUCGGACGCAAAAUCAAGACCGACGAAGCACAAGGCGACGGUGCUGUGGCUGCUACUGGAGAGACUGUUCAACCCGGCAAGCCUGACGCGCACACAGUCGAUCUUCCUGAUAGUGUCGCGAAUCCCAACGCUAAGACUACUGCAUUCGAAGACCUUGACUUUGAUGCCGAGGAUGAGACUGCUCUGCAGCAGGCCGCCAUGGCCAAUGCGCAGAAUGCUGUGCAGCAGGCUCAAGACCGCGCGCGUGCCUUUAACCAAGAAGGCGAUAACAUGGCUGCGUUCGACGACGGAGAGAUGAACUUCCAGAAUCCCACCAGUCUGGGUGAUAUUGAGAUCUCUCAGCCUACAAUGCUGAAUGCUCAACUGAAAGAGUACCAGCUGAAGGGUCUCAACUGGCUGGUCAACUUGUAUGAACAAGGUAUCAACGGUAUCUUGGCAGACGAGAUGGGUCUUGGUAAGACUAUCCAGUCUAUCUCUGUGAUGGCAUACCUGGCCGAAUUCCACAACAUCUGGGGUCCCUUCCUCGUUAUUGCGCCUGCAUCCACUCUCCACAACUGGCAGCAAGAAAUCACGAGGUUCGUGCCCAACAUCAAGGUCUUGCCUUACUGGGCUUGUCGUUCUUGA